UGGCAUUUACCGGCUCAGAGCAGGCGGAGACACUGGGGGAGGCGGACAGGCUGGAAGGAUAGAAAGGAAGGACGACACCGCGACUCACUCUCUCAGCAGGAUUGGACUGAUUUUUUUUAUUCUUAAUUCCGAUUUAAAAUCAAUGAAGGAGAGACGCUCGUGUCAGAAAUUAUCUCUGAAAUCCGGCAUGGAUCCCAGUCAGAGUGUGAAGUGCAAGAUAGUGGUGGUGGGGGACAGCCAGUGCGGGAAGACUGCGCUGCUUCACGUGUUCGCCAAGGACUGUUUCCCCGAGAGCUAUGUCCCCACAGUGUUUGAAAACUACACAGCCAGUUUCGAGAUCGACACGCAGAGGAUCGAGCUCAGCCUCUGGGACACCUCAGGAUCUCCGUACUACGACAACGUGAGGCCUCUCUCCUACCCGGACUCCGACGCCGUCCUCAUCUGCUUCGACAUCAGCCGCCCCGAAACCCUCGACAGCGUACUGAAAAAGUGGAAAGGUGAGAUCCAGGAGUUUUGUCCCAACACUAAGAUGCUGUUGGUUGGAUGUAAAUCAGACCUGCGCACUGACCUGAGCACACUGGUGGAGCUCUCCAACCACAGACAGACGCCCGUCUCGUAUGACCAGGGUUCCAGCAUGGCCAAGCAGAUCUCGGCGCCCUACAUCGAGUGCUCGGCUCAGCAGUCGGAGAACAGCGUGAGAGACAUUUUCCACGUGGCCACGCUGGCUUGCAUCAACAAGAACAACAAAAACGUCAAGCGCAGCAAGGCCGCCCGCGCCAACAAGAGGAUUUCACACAUGCCCGGGAGGCCCGACCUGGCGGCCGUCGCCACAGACCUCCGGAAGGACAAAGCCAAAAGUUGCUCGGUCAUGUGACUGUUCGGACCGAGGGGGAUCAGACUGAGGAGAAUGAGGACAGAGCACAGUGCGAGCAGGAAGCUACAGGGCAGCGCUCUUUCCUGCAUGCUAAAGACCCCCGAUUUGUCCGGAGAGGGGUUUUAUAAGCUUCUAUUCAUGUACAUGUUACUGGAAUACUCUGCACCAAUGAAAACCCAAUGCGUAGUAGCGUCCCAAUCCAUGUGGCCCCCCCCCCCCCCCCCGCCCUAUCGGACAAGGAAGCGAUCUGUCAGCGGGCUACCUGCUCGGGGAAGUGACCCGCUUCCUCCGGGAGGACGGAGCGGACGCGGUCGAGGCUUUCCACACCAACAGGAAAUGAGUAGGAGGAGUGAUGUCAUUAAAGGGACGCUCAUUUGUAAAGGAAGGGUUUGAGAACAUUGAUUGGCGAUGGAGGUUUGCUGCCUGGGGGUUAGGGUGGGUGGGAGGAGGGGGGGGGGGAGAAAAAGAGGCGCUGCUGUUGUUCGUGCCGGAUCAAAGACGUUUUGCUCGAUGGGCUUAUACAACAACUCGUCACUGUGGUUUGGAACUGAUUCACUCUCACCCCUGCUCCUGUAACUGUUAGUCUGUGCAGAGGAGAUUAGAGGAGGAGUUUCUUAGUCCCGUGCAGAGGAAACCUGACGCUGUGUGUGUGUGUGUGUCCUCCCCCACCCCCCCACGUCUUUGAUAUGUCGUCGGUAUAAUGUGAAGUCAUUGGUGUGUAACUGCGUCAUUGUUUUGAUUUUAGUUUCUACCAGGAACAGCUGAUCGUAGGAGCUGAACCAUUAAUGGCAACCAAGCUGUUUGAGUUUAAAAACUACUCGCCUGUAUCAGUCAGACGGUCACUGCGUGCCCGUUUAUUUCCCCUCAACGGCUUUACGCUCAUAAAGACUCUCUGAAGACAGAUUAUCCUGACUGCUCUCCGUACUCCUCAGAUUCAUGGACUCCUCCGGAUGAGACUGGGAGCCAUAAGCAACAACAGUUCCUUCAGUACAUGUGAUGAACAAAUGCAAUUUCUAAAUGAAAUGAAAUUAAAAAACAGAAAUAACGUUUUGAAACCCUUAAUGGGCCAAAGGGCUUUAAUUGACCAACAUCUUGCAUGUGAAAAUUCGGCUAAUUGCGUUAAAUGAGGAUGUCCUGACAGUCUGACAGUUUAUACUGCGACUCGCUUUCCCACCGCACUUUAGAGAGGAGAGAGGAAAUGAAAGCAACAAUUAAAGCUUGUUUAUUAGACUCUGAAAACCAUCACAGCUCCCUGCUUUGCAUUUCCCUCAAGUGUUCUGACUGUUGUUGGGUAAUAGCUUCAUAAUGGUCCAGUCACGCCAGCGUUUUAACAGCAGAAAUUCACAGGAAAAUAAACUCACUCCAAUGGAAAAAGUAGUGUAUUCAAGUUUAAAAUAUGGUGAAUUUGCACCUUUUGAACGAUAGUGAACAGUUUUGACAGUGCUAACACGGAGCUAGAGGAAGCUAGCGUAGCUAAUUAGCUGUGUUUCACUUUAAUUUAACCUAAUUAACUGCUCCACAAAUAGAAAGGUGGUUUGAGACAGGAUUCGUUGGUACAGAUAUGAUUUUUGAAUAAACUGUGUGAACUUGUUGACUGUUAGCAACAAAACCUGCUAGCUAACACUUAGCACACCUGUUAGCAUGGAGUGUUUUCCUCCCUUCAGUAACUUUUUAUUGAAUGAAAUGAUGUAAAAUCCUGAGAAUAUUAAUGGCAGGAGGGAGUAAACAGAACAAAGAGAGAAAAUAGACAUUAGCUCAAGGGGCUAUUGUAUCUGACUAGCGUUAGUCAGGCUGGAUAGUGUGUUAGCGGUUAGCUCGCCAGCUGCAGUAGUUUACUAAUUGGCCCUCACCACAUAUUUCAAGACGCUUUCUGGUGUGAACUCAAAAUUGGAGGAUUUUAUUUUUCCUACAUGGUCGGUUCAGUUUCUGAAACAUGACAAAAUGUAAACAACAAAUGGUCAACUUGUCUGGAAAAACAGUGUGUUCGAAUUUGUGGUUUUCCUCUAACAGUGCAAUUAAGAAGCUGUUUGAAUAUCAGGCAUUGAUGCACUUUUAUUGUAACUUUCAAACUCCCCCAUUAGCUUGUCGCACUUGGCAGAGCACCCGGCCCCCGACUCUUAUCUUCAUUUUCUAAUCUGUUGUCUCCUCCCCAUGUACAUUAUCUUGUUUUCUUGAAUGUUGAUGUCACCUUCAAAAUGUCUUUGCCAAUGUUGUUGCCACAAUAUUUAUUGAAUUAUAUAUUUUCCCUUUAGAAUAAAUGCAAAUGGAAUUGAAGAGAA